UGAAUUCACCUAUUUCCAUGGUGACUAAGUGUACUCGAAGAAACGACGGCACAAUCGCGGCUGAAGUGAAUUUCUCGCCCAUUAAAUAAUAGGUGGUACAGGUAAUCGUUAAUCACAAUCACCCAAAUCGUUUUCCGGUUUACUACUCAGUCAAGGGAGUCUACAGUUCAAGUGCACCAUUUAUUGGAGAAGUAACAGCGAUUCAGAGUAAAAAUGAGUUGGGUUCAAUCGGCGGUGAAUAGUCCACUUCCAUCAGGAGCAGUUGUUGGUGGACAGGACAGUGAUGGCACUGUCAUCUACGUUGGACGUGCUUACCAUUCGGGAGACUUACUUCCUGCUAAAAUAAUACCACAAAAGCAAGCAGCCUACGUUUCUUACAAUGGGUAUGAGGUGUUUGUUCAAAACUAUGAAGUUCUUUGCGGAGAUAAUUACAUGUGGGUUUCAUCUGGAUAUGGACAAGUCCCAGAAGGUUCAGUUCCUGGUGGGAGAUCGUCAGAUGGAGAGGUACUCUUCAUUGGAAGGGCUUCUUUCGAAGGUAGUUUAACUCCCGGAAAAAUUCAUCCUUCACACCAGUGUCUCUAUGUACCGUAUGAUGGCCAGGAAAGAAAUUUUCAAAACUACGAAGUUCUAGUUCAAAAACCUGAAGAAGAUUGCUGUUCCUGUUGUUGCUGCUCCUGGAUAACAACAAAUGUUCGAAACCGUCUCCCCAAGAAUCCCGUGGUAGCUGGUAAGGACUCUGAUGGAUCAGCUAUAUAUGUAGGAAGAGCGUGGCACAACGAAGAGCUGUUCCCAGCCAAAGUCAUAUCAGCCAGAAAUGCUUGCUAUAUAACUGUCGAUGGGAAGGAGGUCUUUGUGGAGAAUUUUGAUAUACUUACAGGCACAGGAUUCUCCUGGGUGACGGCUCAAAAUGGUGAGGUGCCUGACGGUUCAGUUCAAGGUGGCAAACUGAAGGAUGGUACAAUACUUUACGUAGGGCGUGUGACACACGAAGGAAGCCUCACGCCUGGCAAAAUAGUUCCUCCGCAUCAUUGUAUGUAUAUUGCAUUUAAUGGUGAUGAAAAACGUUUUAUGAAGUACGAGACGCUUGUCAAGCAAGGAUGCGACUGUGCCAAUUGCGGUUGCGUGUGUCAAUGCCCUUACACCCUUGCCAAAUUCAAAGAUAAAAUAAAUGGAAGACCAUCUCGUUUUAUUUCGUUAAUACCUAUCUUGCCAUUUAUGUUAGGGAAUCAAGGAAAAUCAGGAUUCAAAGUGGAUAUCCAAAACAAUAAAAUUACCGCAUAUUUUUUUUUCAAAUUUAUAACUCUCGCUCACAUGAAAAGUAGUAGGCUCCUGGUUCACACUGUUUACUGUCAUUUCAAAUCCACUUGGGUAAGAGCAGGUAUUCGUGGAAAAAUACCUAGGAAUGCUAUAUAUGGGGGACACGACUUGGAAGGUAAUACCAUUUACAUAGGCCGUGUUAAAGUAGGUGAAAGCAUACUUCCGUGUAGUAUAAUUCCGUUCAAAAGAAUUGCUUACACCACAUAUAAAGGACUAACAAUAUUUGAAGAAGAAUACGAUGUCCUUUGUGGCGAUACAUAUCAUUGGAUACCAGCCCGCGAUGGUGAAGCUCCUGAAGGCUCCCUAAUUGGGGGAAAAACUGCCAAAGGAGAAAAUAUUUUUGUAGGACGUGUUGCUUAUAAAAGCGCUGUCCUGGUAGGCAUGAUCGUACCAUCUGAAGGAUGCCUCCUUGUAUCAAUCGAAGGUAAGGAGGAAUGUUUCAAAGAAUACGAUGUUGCUGUGCUUAAAUACCGAGAAGGUUGUGUUUGUUGCACUAUAAGUUAAACUUAAAGUUAGCUUUAUAUGAAGUAUUAACCUUGAACAUAAAGAAAAAUUUUUAAGUUAAAUAAAGAUUUGCAAAAGAACGUC